ACUACAAACAUGGAGCAGCACACGGACAGCUAGCAUGUCCCGCUGUAGGAACAAGAGCCACCUGCUGAUGGCGCCGCACCGGAGAAAGGGAGCCGGUAACAGCACCGCGCUGCUGGUCCGGAGGAGCACAGGCAUCAGGGAGGCUGGGACUCUGAUCAGACACAACAUGAAGGUCCUGAGAGGUAUCAUGCUACAGGACAACAGGGGUUUCAUUAAAGCAUGGAGCAAGACCUCAAAAUCCACAAUAACUUACGAGAAUGGUAAAAUCUACUUUGAAAAUUACCAGAACUGCUACAGCUGUGUUCAUUCAGCACCUCAAGCUCUAUACAAACUGCCAAAGAGGUCUAAAUUGGAGAAAUUUGAAGAUGCCUUGCUGUGUCAAAGCCCGCUGGACAGAACAUUAGCCUUCCCCUCGGAUCAUAAACCCAGCCUCUUGGCUUUGACAGCCAAUAACUGGCUCUAUCGUCUUUCAGCCGAAACGGGAGAAGAGCUGCAGAAAGUUUACCUCUCUUCAAACCACAAGUUCAGAUAUCUUGGCUGGGAUGUUUCUCAAGAGAUGUUUUACGUCAAAUCUGUUCAAAACAAAGAAACGUCUUUAGAACGACAGGCAGGUAUCACUCGGGAUACAGUCAUGCACCUGGCCAUCUUUCAUGUUUUUCCCUUACAAAUUGUGGGCAUUUUGGAGAUCAGCAAAAAAGUGUUUGGAAAUGGCGUUACUGACGUUGUUUUGUCUCAAGGUGUCCUUGUGGUGUCUUAUAGCAACAAGUCAGUGAAGCUGUACAGCUUUGAGCGCAUCAUCCAAAGUUACUUGACCGAGAAGUUAACACUUGGAAAGCGGAGUUCACUCCUUGAAGGCAAAACGGUGGGGGAUGCUCCGUUUGGUAUCCCAGUAAACAUUCAGAUCACAGAUUAUCCUCCAGUGCUUUUUGAGGUAUCAUGCGCAAAUAACUGUGUCCAGAUUGGAGGCUACCCGUGGCACUACAUCUACACACCGCCGCAUAAAAAAGACAAGGGCACUCAUCACAUCUGCUCACUCAUGGACAGCACAAUGGCAGUAAAUGGAAUACAAAACAUGAACUGCUGCUCUUUAGAGAGUGAUGGGAUCUUCUUCCACCCUGACGAUUCAGGAAGAAUCAUUCAUGUUGGACCUGCCAACAUUAAUAUCCUGAAAAUCCUUCAAAUGACCAGUGGUUUGCAGUCAAAGGUAGUUGAGGAUUUCUCUAUGAAAACCCAUCGAAACAACAAUCCUACCUCACAGGUGACUGUCACGUCUUCGGGCCGCACAGUGAAGAGAAGAUUUCAUCAGCUGGAUGACGACCCAGAUCAAGAGACUUUCCGUAUGGUGGAAUAUGAGGAUGAGCUGGACCUUCUGGCAGUGGUGGUAACUAAUGGUGAGGAGGGAGAAGGCAGAGCCCAAAUCCGACUGCAUGACAACCAGAGCGGGCAGUUACUGCGGACAGUUGAUCUGGUUGAACCUUGGGACGAGACUUACCGACAUGAGCUGUUCUUCGACAAAGACACAAUUGUUCAUAUUGAACAGAAAAACACUAAUUUCUGCUGCCAUGUUUACAAACUCCAGGCUGACAGAAAAUAAGUAGUGUUUCCUUUUUAAGAUUUUGUGAAUAUUUGUUUACAAAUUGUAUUGUACAAGUUUUCUGCAACACUCAGAAUGAUGUUUUUCAGAUCUGGA